AUGAUUAAUUCGCGUGGCCGCGGGCUCGGGAGCGGCUCCGGUGCAACGGCCGCGGAGAGACCGCGGGGCGACCGGGCUGCGGGGGCGGCCGCACCUCUCCCGCCCCCCCCCCCCCCCCCCCCCCCCCCCCCCGGCCUGGGCUCGGCCCCGUGGCGGUGCUGCCGCCUCGACCCCGCCGGGCGUCCGGCCCCGGGCUCUGUCCCGGGCUCUGCUUCGGCCUCGGGGCUCCGCUCCGGUCGCAGCCGUGCGGCCGUCGGGAAGUCGGUAACCGGGAGCGGGGCAGCACCCGCGGGUUCCCGCGCCCCUGCGCUGCCGCCCCCGGCACCCCCGGGCAUCCCCCGGACAUCUUGGGCACCCCCGGCACCCCCCGAGCCCCGGGACCCCUCGGACUCCCGGAGCCCCCCCGGACCCGCACCCCUGCGCUGCUGCCCCGAGACCCCCGGGGACCCCCCCCCCGGGACCCCCCCGGGACCCGCCGGUACUUUGUGCCCCCCCCAGCCCCCCGGCGUGUCCCGAAGGCGCGGUGCCCCCAGCCCCGCUCCUCCCCGGGGCCGGACUACAGCUCCCGGCGGCCCCCGGGCGCCCGUCCCCGCCGCUUCCCGCCGCCUCCUUCCCGCCAUGGCGCGGUUCGAGCCGGCGGCGCUGCCCGAGCUGCUCCCGGUCUUCUACCGGCGGCUCUUCCCGCACGGCGCCUACGGCCGCUGGCUCGGCUACGGCGGCGUGGUGAAGAACUACUUCCAGCUGCGGGAGUUCUCCUUCACGCUGCGGGACGAUGUCUACCUGCGGUUCCAGUCCUUCGGCAGCCCCCAGGAGCUGGAGCGGGAGCUGCAGAGGAUCAACCCCUACAAAAUCGACAUCGGGGCCGUCUACUCCCACCGGCCCAACCAGCACAACACGGUGCACCCGGGGGCCUUCCAGCCGCAGGAGAAGGAGCUGGUCUUCGACAUCGACAUGACAGACUACGACGAUGUCCGGACGUGCUGCAGCUCGGCCGAGAUCUGCUCUAAGUGCUGGACCCUGAUGACCAUCGCCGUCCGCGUCAUCGACCGCGCGCUCGUGGAGGACCUGGGCGUGAGGCAUCGCCUGUGGGUGUACUCGGGCCGGAGGGGUGUCCACUGCUGGGUGUGCGACGACGCGGUGCGGAAGUGGUCCCCGGCACUGCGGGCGGCCGCCGUGGAGUACCUGACCCUGGUGAAGGGCGGAGCAGAGACCGUGAAGAAGGUGAACCUCUCCGAGUCCAUCCACCCCUUCAUCAGGCGAUCAGUCAGCAUGGUGGAGAAGUACUUCGAGGCAUACGCGCUGGUGGGGCAGGACAUCCUGGGCAGCCUGGAGAGGUGGGAGAAGGUGCUGGCCCUUGUCCCGGAGGAUAUCCGUGAGUCGCUGCGGAGCGACUUCCCCAAGAAGCGGGACUCGGUGCAGCGCUGGGAGCUGCUGAAGGGCAGGAUGGAGCGGACACGGCGGGUGACAGGGUCCACGAAGAGCACGCCGUGCCACGCAGACUGGGAGAUCAUGCUGCAGUACUGCUUCCCCCGCCUCGACAUCAACGUCAGCAAAGGCGUCGGGCAUCUGCUGAAGAGCCCCUUCAGCGUGCACCCCAAAACUGGUCGCAUUUCGGUGCCGCUGGAUCUGCAGAGGCUGGACCAGUUCGACCCAUUCGCUGUCCCCACCAUCAGCUCCCUGUGCCACGAGCUGGACACAGCUGGUGACGACGGGGAGCAGGAGGACGGCGGGGAGACAGAGCCGAAGCGCCGUGCACGGGACUACAAGAAGACGAGCCUGGCGCCCUACGUGCGGGUCUUCGAGCAGUUUGUGGAGGAGAUGGAGCGCGCCCGGAGGGGAGAGCGGCUCCGGAGGAGCGAUCUGCAGGGAGACUUCUGAGGCCUCGCUGCCGGGGGCCGCGGUGGCAGCCCCCGUCCUUGCCGCAGGGCCGCGAGGGACCGACGCUGCUGUCGCCAACGCUGCCGCUGUCACCCCCGCCGGCCGCGGGGGUCCUGGUGCCUUGGAGCGGGGAGCGGAUGGCUGGUGGCCGAACCGCCCCGGCCCCGAGCCCCGGCCCCGCGCGGGCCCUUCCGCCUUUUAUACAUGUUGUACUUUUUGUGUACCCUUUCCGCACAAAACCCAUUAAACGUCUCCGUCACCCGUC